AUGGACGAGCGCCCCUCCAAGAAGAGAAAGGUCCGCAAGGGGACACGCAGCUGCUGGCAGUGCAGGAAGAGAAAGAUCAGGUGCGAGUUUGCCUCUGACCAAGAACAAACCUGCGCCGGCUGCAAGACAAGGGGGACCACCUGCGUGAGCCAGGAAUUCAUCGACGACGAGCCGUCUGGUCCUCCCGAGCGUGGCCUGGCCCAGCGUCUCGGUCGGCUCGAGGAGUUGAUGGUCAAGCUGGCCGACAAAAUAGGCCCAGAAUCGUCCCCCGAAAAGGUCAUCACGCCAGCCACCUCGCACACGUCUCCUCGUACUUCAGAAUCUCUCUACACCCCAGACAGCCGCGUCCAGACGACCCAGAGUGCUUCUGUCGCACCUCAGCUUCAACAACCAACCCCUUCUAAGCCGACACAAGAAUCAUCCCAGCCUACGCCAAAGCAUGAGAAAAUAUGCAAGGAACUAUACUCAAUGUUUCCGUCAGUCCAAGACGCCAGGACAAUUAUCGAAUCGAGCAGGGGUCCGAUAUUUGUCCUGAUCUUGUUCUACUCCAACCAAGACAUAGCCGACAACAAGUCGCCGUCGCUGGCAUCCCUCUCGACCAUGCCUGACAUCACCAAACACCCAGCCAUAUUAGCCAAGCGCCUUCUUCAGUUGACCAUCUGUCUCCAGCAGUUACCGCCAUGCUUUGACGCCUCUCGGCUCUCCCUCAAGGAUUCCAUCCAGGACACCAUGGCCGAAUGGAGUGCAGUCGCAAGCCAGGUAACCUCCAACGACGACCUCGUCGGCUCCGUAGAGGGCCUUGAGUGCCUCAUCUUGCAGGGCUUCUACCUCAUUAACUCGGGCAACCUGCGUAAAGCUUGGCUGACGAUGAGAAGAGCUCUGAGCCUCGCACAAUUAAUCGGCAUCGAGCGGAACGGCGGUCGGCCGCUGAAGUCUUGUGACCCCUCCACCAACCCGGCAAUGAUACCCUCGUCGCACCAACUCUGGUACCGAAUUAACUUCUGCGAUCGCUACUUGUCUCUGCUGCUUGGACUGCCUGCCGGUACACAAGACAACAGCUUCAUGUGCGAAACCUACACGGGUAACGACACACCCAUGGAGAAGCUGGAGAAACGUUACACGGCCGUAUGCCUCCGCAUCAUUGACAGGAACCACGCGUCCACCAGCGAGGGAUACGCCAUGACGCAGUCCAUCGACUGCGAGCUUGAGCAUGCGGCGAAGACCAUGGGCGCAGGAUGGUGGGAGAUGCCCCCGAUGUCGACCUUCGCCGAUCCGGAGACGCAGAUGACAGUCAUGUCCCACCUGAUGCUGCAGAUUCACCACCACAGCCUGCUCAUCCUGCUGCACCUACCUUAUAUGCUCCGCAAUCCGACAAACAACCGCUUCGACUACAGCAAGCAAGUAUGCUUAGAGUCAAGCCGGGCAGUGCUCAAGCGCUGUGUCGUAUUCCGCACGGCGAACGAUGCCGCCUUCUCCUGUCGCCACAUCGAUUAUUCCUCUCUCAUGGCGGCAAUGACACUGUUGCUAGGCCAUUUGAGCCGCCCGCCAGGAGUCAGGGACGAUGAAUGGGCCCUGCAACGCGAUGAAGACAGGGCGCUGGCCCAGACCGUCAUGGAGAAGAUGGAAGAGCUGGCCGACUUAAACGACGACAAGCUCUCGGGGGAGAGCGCCGGAAUCAUCAAGCAGCUGCUGCCCAUUAUCGAUUGCUGUAGGAACUGCCUGACGACGGAGACGGGCGAGGAGUGGAAUCUCAAACUGAGCAUUCCCUAUCUUGGAACAAUCAACAUCAAGAACUCGUCGGACCAAAACGCUCAGUCUCAUUUGGUGGAUCUAAGCCAUUCCCAGCUCCCAACGCCGUCGAACACCACUACGGUCUCGCCGCCUUCAUUCCCGUCAAACCAAGAAACCCCGCCCAUGGCGUCUGUGGAUGCUCUUCUCGGCCAGGAGUUCAACACCACUCACGGAGACAUAUACACCGGAUUCAACGCCGACUGUCUGGGAUGGCAAUGUCCCGGUAUAACGGCCGAGGUUGGCGACUGGGCGUUCCAAGGCGUCGACACGACAUACUGGUCCCUCUUGUACCCUGGCAUGUCUCCUAGUGGAUUUACGCAAUGA